AUGCCUGGCCCCGUCAGCAACGGGCAGCACCAUCACCGCCCGACCACCAAGACGAAGCACAAGCCCUUCAAGUCGCGGCAUGCCACCAAGCGCGCGCUCCGCGAUGCCGCAAAGGGCAGGGUCCCCAACGAAAAGGGCCAGCGCAAGACGCCUCACCAGCAAGUCAUGUCGAAGCUCGACCGCCGCAACCAGGCGAAGCAGCGCCUGCUCGAGAAGUCGCGCGAGCAUGCGAAGGAGGUCUCCGUCUUCAACGGCCGUGACGGCGCCCCCCGCAACGUCGCCGUGAUCCCGCUGUGCCCCGACACCGACGCAGUCGCCGCUAUCAAGGCCCUCAACGACAGCAUCGACAUCGAGGCCGACGUGCGCGACGGCGUCUUCCGCGUGCCUGUCGACCGCUUCAAGCAGAAGCUGCAGUAUAUCGCCCUGAAUCGCGACCUGACCGCCUGCCUGGACGCCUGCAGUGUGGCAGAUUUCAUUGUGCUCGUGCUGUCGGCGCAUGUGGAGGUUGACGAGCUGGGUGAGCUGAUCCUGCGCAGCGUCGAGAGCCAGGGCAUGUCGACUCUGUUCACUGUCGUCCAGGGCUUGAACAGGAUCGAGCCCCAAAAGCAGCGUCUCUCGGUCGUCGCCUCGCUCAAGUCGUACAUCACACACUUCCAUCCCGAGCAGGAGAAGAUCUACAACUUGGAUAACCGCCAGGAGUGCUCCAACCUUAUGCGGUCGCUAUGUAGCACAACCCCCAAAGGCGUCCGGUGGAGGGAUGAGCGGAGCUGGAUGCUGAUCGAGGACGUCAAGUUCGGUGCGUCGGCCGACGAGCCGAGCAUCGUCACGGGUGUGGUCAGGGGUAAGGGGCUGAAGGCCGACCGGCUUGUCCAGAUCGGUGACUGGGGCACCUUUCAGGUCGAGAAGAUCACGGCUGCCCCUCUUACUGUGCGAAAACGCAAGGGCGACGAUACCGCUAUGGAGGAUGUUGAGCAGAUCCUGGACACUCCUACCGAGGACCGGGACGGUUUGGAGGAUCUUGCCCCUGAGGAGGCAGUCAUGAGGGACGAUGACGAGGAUGAGAUGAUGGAUGCGGCCAGCACAGUGACGACCUCGAAGAAGGGCGUGCUGCUGGACGACCAUCGGUACUAUUCGGAGGAUGAGGAGGAGGAAGAAGAGCGGAAGCUGCCCAAGCGGGUGCCCAAGGGCACCUCCAAAUAUCAGGCUGCCUGGUUCCUGGACGACGACGACAUUUCCGACUCUGGCACCGACCUGGAGGAUCUCGAUAUGGAGGAUGCCCAGUCCGAAGCAUCAGAGGAGUCGGCACGGCCGGAGGAUGGCAUAGAAGGCCUCGCCGGCGCGGACGACGCCAUGACCGAAGCUGGGCCAUCCGAGUACCCGCAGUCAGUAGCCUUCGAGGAGCCCGAUGAGGAAGAGGACAUGCGGGCGCUCGAGGCAUACCGCAAACUUAAGAGAACGGAAGCGGAGGACGAUCGGGAGUUUCCCGACGAAAUCGAGCUGCAUCCCAAGGUGCUGGCCCGCGAGCGGCUGGCCAAGUACCGCGGCCUCAAGAGCAUGAGGACGAGCCCGUGGGUUGAAGAAGAGGACCGCGCCUUCGAGCCGGAAGAGUGGCAGCGCCUGCUGCGGAUCCCUGAUUAUCGUGCUUCUCGGAUCCGGGCGGCGCGCGAGGCCCUCGUCGGUGGCGUGGCGCCCGGCACCCGGGUCAACGUCUACGUCAAGGGCCUGCCGGGGCGGGCACGCGAGUCGUACAAGCCCGGACAGCCGCUGCCCCUGGUCUCGCUGCUGCGUCACGAGCACAAGCGCACGGCGAUGAACAUCCUCAUCAACCUCCCGUCCGACUUCCCCGCCUCCAUCAAGUCUAAGAGCGAGAUGAUCGUACAGUACGGCGCGCGCCGCUUCGUCAUCAACCCACUCUUCUCCCAGCCCGGGUCAACCCCCAACGACGUCCACAAGUACUGCCGCUACCUGCACCCAGGCCAAUCCGCCGUAGCGACCUUCAUGGGUCCCGUCACCUGGGGCUCUGUCCCGGCGCUCUUCUUCAUGCGCGACCCGCCGACCUCGAACGACCCUGAGGCCGAAGAACAGACCUCCGCUUCUACCCUGCCCCUAACCCUCGUCGCCACGGGCACGACCUUGCCUCCCUCUACCAAGCGCGUCAUUGCCAAGCGGGCUAUCCUCACCGGCCACCCGUACCACAUCCACAAGAAGAUUGUCACAGUGCGCUACAUGUUCUUUAAUCGUGAGGACGUGGAGUGGUUCAAGGCUUUGCCGCUGUGGACCAAGCGUGGGAGGAGUGGGUAUAUCAAGGAGCCACUUGGCACGCAUGGGUACUUUAAGGCGACGUUUGAUGGAAGGAUUAACCCGCAGGAUACGAUUGGGGUUAGUUUGUACAAGAGGGUAUGGCCUAGGAAUGCACGGCCGUUGGAGGGGGCGUUGUUGGAUGAGAAGGAGGUUGCGGCGAAGAAGGGAGAGGAUACGGAGAUGGUUGAGUAA